UGUUAUAGUUCAUUAAAAAUAAUUUAGUUUAUAAUUUAAUUGAGACAUCACUAUGUAGUGAUUUUGUUACAUCAUAUACAUAUGAUUCAGAAGAUACAUGAUCUUAAGGAAAUUCCUCCAAAUCCGGUGCUUCAAUUACAAAAAAAAAAAAAAGGGAGAGAAAAAAAGAAGAAAAUCUUUAGCUGACUUAGUGUGAUUCACCCAUGGAAUAUGGAAAAUGAAUUAGGACAAUUGGAAACCUUAGCAAAACAAGAGACAACUGCUCAUCUCUAUGAAGAGUUUUUGAAUUUUUUGAACCGACAUUUUGAAGUUAAAAGACAGACACAAUCUGUCAGUGGAAAAGAAUGGAGGAAAUCAACAUAAUGAAGAAGAUACAGGACACAUCGUCUCCUUCUGAUGGCCUGAAGUGAAGAAAGUAAAGCGAAAUAUAACCAAGAUGGAUAAAGAAGAACAGAAAAAGCCUUUAGACAUCUUUAUAACCAUAUUUAAUUCCUUUGCCCCAAACCCAGAUUUCACGUCGCUUUUUCACUGAAGCACUGUGUCAGAAUGAGAGAGAGACACAGUCCACACGAGCAAAUGCAUCAUUCUUUGUUUCUUAAAUGGUUACAUUUCUGGUACUAAUUAGGAGGUUCAAUGGAACAAAAGUUCAAUUAGUUUAAUAGGAAACAUAUAUAUUGAAAUAUAACUUAAAGUUGAAGAACUCACGGAGUCCACUCACAAUUUGUCAUACAGAUUUUAAUCUAAAUCUGUAUCCACUAAACUAAAACCAAGAAUUGUAUUCUUUUUACUAAUUAUGUGUUUGGUUUGACUUCAUUUGGUGGACUUAUUUUGUGCCCUUGUAUGAACUCUCAAUAUCCACUGACGAAAAGGAGGCCUCCUCUCCUCCUUCAUUUGGACAGCUGCAUGUGGGACUUGUAUUGCGCACUCAUCAAAAUGAGACAUGAUGGAUUAAAGACCCAAAAAGUGUAUGGCAAAUCAAAGAGUGGUGUAUCUAUCAGUCACAGUCGAGAUGGAUAUGGCCAGAACAUUACCUGUGUCCUCUCAGGGGACGAAAAUAUGACACAAAUCAAUUGGGAGAUGCUAAGAGGCCCGAAUCGCACCAAACUGGGCACGUUUCACCCACAUUUUGGAAUUUACGUAGUGCAAGAAUAUAAGCCUAAAGUGAAGAUCCAGAACAAACGGACUCCUUAUCCAUCAUCAUCCCUUCUCAUUAAAGUAGUAUCAAAUGAGAGCGUGCAAAUCUGUUGUGCGUUCAUAACAUUUCCUUCGGGUAAACUUGAGCAGUGCACUGAUAUCAGUAAGAAAGAUGUCAGUAUCAACACGUCUAUGAUAAAAGAUUUUACAUAUGUGGAACAAGAACCAAGGCUGGGAUUAUUUGGACGUUUGGGUGCAAUGACUAUUGGAACUAUUCUUUCCCUUUUUAUCCUGACCAUCCUAUUCUACUUAUGCAGAAAAAACAGCUGUAGAAGGAGGAAGUCCUUUGAAAUACGAACAUACUUGACAGACUUACCGGCUGAGACAUUUGCUGAAGAAUCAGUUGAUGUACCAACUUCUCAAAGUUCUCCAAAUGGCUUUGACCCCUCAAAACUUUAUGCCAAGAUCAAAAAAGACCUUUUCUAUGGCCGGCUGUGGAAGUCUUACCAAGGCCAACCCAAAUCAUGGACACAAGGUACCAUGACUGAUCAAGGACAUGUUUAUCACUUAUUAUUACAGCAGAGAAAUGUGGAGGGCAGCCCUUUGAGGCCAGAUACAACAGAAUGAUUACAUUUCAGUAGUUUAUAGUUUCCAGUCUUUCCAGUGCGAUUGAGAGGAAUCUCGUCAUUUUUGUGUAAUGUAAACUAGCUUGAAGCAGAUUGCAAUGCAUUAUGUAAAGAAAAGAAUGCAUUAAUAGUUUGAACUAAUAUUAAAAGAAAUUAAUUCAUAUUUUGUUUUCAGGUUAAGAUAAAUGUUUCUAACACUGAAUAAAUGUAUAAAUAAACGUUAAUGUGAGAAUCUAACAGACAUGCAAGUCUUUUGUCAUGAGUCAAGU